UUGACUGUGACUUUUGAAAGUCCCGGCAGCGGAUGAAAUAGACCACCAUUGCUGGCUACCGAAAUUUUACUGCUUCAUUUUCGUGUUCAGCGCGCUUUCAUGAUACCGAGCUAUGAGCUUGUUUGAUACCAAUAUGGUCCUCAAAGGACCUUUAUUACUAAAUAGAGAUAUCAAGUGGAAAGGACAAGAUCAGCUACCUGAUAUCCUUGCUGCACCUGUCACGAAGGAGGAACAGCUUCGUUGUUCACGAUUGACCGACGCCACAUUUCGUCUCGUCACCAUGAUUCGCCUCAGCUCCAUCAAGACCUACAUGCUGACAUCAAAAGAGAUGCAAGUGUACGUUCACCAAAUUGGUUCAUCAACAGACAAUAUGCCUGAUUGUUAUUUCGCUUUCCCUUCCUGCAGCUUCACUCCUGAUGCAUCAAAAUCCUCUGGCGAAUUUUUAAAUCACGUGUUUGCGACCAAAAGCCCCUGGUCCGAACAAACUGAACUUGCCCUUAUUUUGCAACUAGAGAUUCUUCCGCAUCAAGAUAAACAUGCGGAUCCUUCAACGCCGGUUCCCUCAGUGGAUUGUCAUGACAAAAACUAUGCCCUGCUUUAUGGUCGUCGGAAUGUUGAAACAUCGUGCAUUGAAAUAUAUCUGCAUGGUCUGCGAAGCGCGCUAUCUCUUAGUAGCAAUGACUCCACUGCUGGAGGCAACCGAUAUUUGAUCGAGAGACAGUUACGCUGCCAAAUUCUUGACGCACAGGACUGCCCCGAGCUGAAAAUGAUCCAAUCAUUGCGGCCUUCACUCUUUACAGCCAAAAAAGGGGAUCUUGGAAAGCGAGAUUAUGGAGAAUUUGUGAUGAGCCAACUGCGUGCAUUGGAUAAACAGCGAGCAGAAACAAGCGAGCCUGCACGGGAUUUGGAUGUCUUCAAUAAACGGAAGCGACUUUUACCGAAGAAGAAAAACCCACCCCGCGACGACCUCUUACCAAUAGAGAAUAUUCUACCGCCUCAAAAACGGAUAGAGGCAGAACCUCAAAUGCUUGCUGCACCGGAUAAAUCGGCAUCUACCGCAGAUACAACAAAAGAAAAUAAGACGCGUUUGAAGGCCAUGAUCUGGGCUAAGUUGCUCGACUUGGGUCAUGAUAAACGCAGCGAAGAUACCAAACUCUUGCUUCACCAAAUUUACCAAAGCUGUCAAUACAUUCUGAGACAAUCGUUUUCAUCCGAGAAAUUAGACGAAUCGGUGUGUACAGUGCUGAUCAACAAGCAUCUACACUUUUACAAGACUCUCGACGACUUUAUAAACCUCUGAUCAGCCAACAUUUUCGCAUAUCAUCCACAAGGGACUCAAGUCAUUGACAUUUUUUUUCAUGGGGCAUUCAUUUAUUACCGGCGUGUAACUGUCCGGGCCGUGAAAAGAGGUUCAGGGUCAUCUUAGUACAUAGCAACUUCAUACCAUUGUCAUAUAUCGAUCAUUCUCUU